AAAUAAUUCACAAAGAAAAGGUUAAUAGCUGUACUUUUCUCAAUAUAACUGAAGAAAAGCUUCAAAAUAUUGGAUUAAGUUUGGAACCUGUAUCAAAUAUUGCUGUCUUCGCUAAGGAGUGUAAGAAUAAGAAGUUGAGAUCAUUUUCCUCAUAUAGGACUAAGAAAGAUUUAAAAGAGGUGUUAGUGAAAUAUGAUGUUGAAAAUGAGUGA